AUGGCAGAUGAGGACAAGGAGAAAGCUGAGAAGCUAGCAGCAGCUAAGAAACGGUAUGAGCAACUGAAGAAGGAGCCAGCAAAGAAGGGCAAGAAGGGAGCCAAGAAAAAGGAUGCCAAAGCUGCAGACGCAAAAGCUGACGAGGGCGCUGAAGAGGGAGGAGAAGCGGGCGCGCCUGCAAAUGAAGAAGCAGAAGCCGAGCCAGAGGACACACCAGCAGCCGACACCGAGGACGCACCCGAACCGGCAGCAUCCGAAUCGCAGCAGUCCAGAGAGCGAUCAGAGUCCUUUCGUCACGGGUCAGGUCCACAAGCAGAAGUCCAAGAGCUGUACCGCAAGCAAGCAGCGAAGAUUGAGGAGCUCGAGAAGGAGAACAAAACGCUUCAGGAGCAGAACAAGGAUGGAGCCACUCGGUUGGCAACAGCAGAGGAAGAGCUGGAGGCUAUGCGCGAAAGUAGCAGCGAUGUGGCCGAGCUGAAGAGCAAGGCGAAAGAGGCCGAACGGUUGAGCACUGAGCUGGAAUCGGUGCAACGACAACUCGCACAGGCUCAACAAGCUGCGAAAGGACCUGCUCGACGGGCGUCGGGACCGAGCCCGGAAAUCUCAGAACAGCUCGCCAGCAAGACGUCCACGAUUGAAUCCCUCGAGCUGGACAUCAGCAACCUCCGCAACCAAGUCACAAACCUGCAAGCAAAGCUAUCCGAACGGGAAGCCUCCGCAAAGGAUCUGACCGACCGUGCAUCAACAGCCGAGACCGCGACGGAGUCUGUCCGAAAGGAACUCGAAGCCCUCAAAGUCUCCAUCGCCUUCCCGAGUGACGACACCAAAGCGGCCAACGAGGAUCCGGAAGCGCUUACCAAGCGCAUCACUGUGCUCGAAUCCGACCUCCGCACCGCCAACACCAACCUCGAAGCGGCCGCGCAGCGUGCAGCUAGUCUCGAGCAGAAGAUUGAGGCACUCACAAAACUCCACCGCGACGCCACGACUCUAUCCCAGUCAAAAGACAAGGAACUCGCCGAUGCUCGCGCACAGCUCAAACGCCGCGACCGUCCUUCGCACGUUCGCGAUGCGUCGGAGUUCGAACUGGGUGAGGAGGAGACGGAGACUGGCGAACUGCAGGCCAAGAUCCGUGCGCUCGAAGCGGAGAACUUCGAUCUCCGCCGCGGGGUAUGGAGGGACAAACGCGCGGAGCUGCAGCCCGGAUUGGACGAGGAUGGCAAAGAGUACGAAGACGUAGACUUGGCGACUCCGUACUCGCCGUUCGGGAAGCGUGGAAGCCUCCCACGACAGACGAGCACGUUUCAGGAUGUCAUCACGUCGGGAAUCAAUGCCUUCACGGGUCGUCCGCCUCAAGGACAAGGCGCGGGUCGAGAACGGGCGCCGUCUGUAGGAUUAUUGAGUGAAGAUGGAUUUGACGAGGAUGCGUUCUUGCUUGCACAGGAAGAGGAGGCGAAGAGGAGGAUUGAGAGGAUCAAGGAGGUCAAGCGUGGGUUGGAGCAGUGGAGGGGUUGGAGGGUUGAUGUUGCAGAUUUGAGGCGGACGGGACUGGGAAAUGGAAGGGAGGUUGGUGAGGUCUUCGAGGUGUAA